AUGGAAAAGGAAUCAAAUAGAGGACAGGUACAUAUCGAAGAGGAUGGCUCCUCGAGUAUCGAUAAGGACUUUAAGCCCAAUAAUGGGGUGGUUGAGUACUUUGACGAUAAGCAGAAUGCUGAAAUCUUCGAGACUAUUCAUCCAACAUCCAGUGGGGUUAAUGAUGACCAAAUGGCGGCUCUGUUGAGGAAGUUAGGGUAUGACCAUAUGGAGAGUAUCACUGAUAUACCAGCUGACAUUCAAUACGUUGCUGGUAAGAUUGCAACGAUGAGUCUUGAAGAUGCUGUUGCAGUGAUGAAGGAGUCUGCCGUUUACCAUAAGGAUGAUCCCAACAUUCCACAGGAUGAAUUAGAUGAAUAUGUUAGAUUGUCUGAGUUGGACCCGGCGCUUUUAGAACCUCAUGAACAGGAUUACUAUGAUUUGAUGGCAAUGGCUGGUCUAUUGCAUUGGCACUCACCUUAUAGAUCUGUCAGAGCUUGUGUUGACCCAAGGGAUGACCCUGAUGCUCCCAUCGAAACUUUCAGAUCCUAUACUUUGGCGUUAAUUUGGGCUAUUAUUGGUUCGGGUUUCAAUGAAUUUUUCGCACAUAGAUUGUUGACAAUCACCAUUAAUUCUGCUAUGGUUCAAAUGUUGUUGUUCCCCAUGGGUAAUUUAUGGGCCAAAUUUAUGCCCUAUUGGUCAUUUCCCAUUUGGAAGGGCAAAAGGAUCCACAUUAAUUAUCCACAACCUUGGAAUCAAAAGGAACAGAUGUUUUCUACAAUUUUGUUUGCCAUCUGUAGCACUACUUUUUACACCCAUUACAACAUUUUGACCCAAAAGAUGUACUACCAUGAGGCUGUUAGCUUUGGUUAUCAAUUCUUUUUAUCGAUUGGUGUCCAAUAUCUAGGUCUUGGAUUUGCUGGUUCUCUGAGAAGAUUUGUGAUUUAUCCUUCAAAAGCAAUUUGGCCAUCUCAAUUACAAACCAUGGCACUGAAUAAGGCAUUGUUCAGCAGACGUGAAGAGAAAAAUUCUAAAGGGUUAACUCGUCAAACUUUUUUCUUUAUCUGUACUGGAUUCAUCUUUUUUUAUCAAUGGAUCCCAACCUAUUUAUUCCAAGCACUUUCCACUUUUAACUGGAUGACCUGGAUUAAACCUGAUAAUUUCGAUCUAGCAAUGGUUACUGGUUCGGUGGGCGGUGUUGGUUUUAAUCCAAUUGCUUCAUUCGAUUGGAAUGUCAUUAACAACUAUUUUUGUCUUGUGACACCUUUGUUUUCAUACAUGUGUCAAAUGAUCGGUGCUCUCAUUGCUGCAAUUUGUGUCCUUGCCAUGUAUUAUUCAAACCAAUACGACUGUCAAUUCUUACCCAUGUUUUCCAAUGCUCUCUUUACCAAUACGGGUGACUCAUUUGAAAUUAACGCUAUUCUCAAUAAGAAAUACGAAGUGGAUGUCAAAAAAUACCAAAACUACUCUCCCCCAUAUUACAGUGCCGGGAAUAUCUUUUGUUAUGGUGCGUUUAUCGCAUCAUACCCAUUGUUAUUCGCCUAUUAUUUUAUUAGUGAAUGGAAAAUAAUGUAUGGUGCCUUCAAAGAAUGGGCAUUGGCAAUUUGGGCAUUAACCAAAAAGCACACUUGGUUACAAGCUUGGAAAGACGAUGCUCAUGCUUUGGAAGAGUUUCACGAUCCUCACUCUAGAAUGAUGCGUCGUUACAAAGAAGUUCCUGAUUGGUGGUACUAUAUGGUCUUGAUCUGUGCAGUUGGUGUUGGUAUUGGUACUAUCGAAGGUUAUCAUACAAACACUCCAGUCUGGUCACUUUUCAUGUCAAUCGGACUUAACGCAGCAUUUUUGAUUCCAAUUACUAUUUUAGAAGCUACCUCAGCUUUACAAAUGGGUCUUAACGUUUUGAUUGAAGUCAUUAUGGGUUAUGCAUUACCUGGUAAUCCACAUGCCCUAAUGAUUAUCAAGGCAUUCGGUUACAACAUCGAUGGACAGGCUGAUUCCUUUGUCGGUAAUUUGAAAUUGGGCCACUAUGCAAAAAUUCCUCCAAAGGCAUUGUUCCGCGGUCAAAUGUUGAUGAUUUUAGUUCAAACCUUUGUUUGUCUCGGUGUUCUCAAUUGGUCAAUGAGUAACAUUAAGGACUACUGUAAGCCACAUCAAGCAUCUAAAUUCACUUGUCCAGACGCUGUCACUUAUUACAAUUCAUCUGUCCUAUGGGGUGCUAUUGGUCCAAAACGUAUUUUUGAAGGUGUUUACCCUAUCAUGAAAUGGUGUUGGUUGAUCGGCGCUCUUAUUGGGGUUGGAUUUGGUCUUUAUAAACUGCUCCUACCACGUUUCUACCCCACAUGGUUUAACCCGGUUAUCGUUAUCGGAGGUAUGCUAAACAUGGCACCACCAUACAAUUUGACCUAUAUGACACCAGGUGCCAUUGCAAAUUUCUUUUCACAAUUCUACAUGAGACGUUACAGGGUUCGUUUAUGGGAAAAAUAUAACUAUGUUCUCUCUGCAGGUUUUAGUGCUGGUUUAGUCGUUUCUUCCAUUAUCAUCUUCUUCUCCGUGCAAUACAAAAACAAACCAAUUAAUUGGUGGGGCAAUGAUGUGAUCAAUGCCGGCCUUGAUGCUGCUGGCCCACCAAAGAAAAAUAUUACCUUGACACCAAAGGGUUACUUCGGUCCUGAUCCAGGCCAUUUCCCAUGA